AAUUCGAACACUCUUUUGCAAUGAUCACAUAACCAAAAAAAAGAAAAAAAGGAGAGAGAAUGAGAAAGUUGCCGAUUCUGGCAGUGCUAACAACAAGUGUUGUAAGCAUACUUCCAUUAUGUUUGUUGGCUCAAAACUCUCCACAAGACUAUCUUAAAGUUCACAAUAUUGCACGUACAAGAGUUGGGGUUAAACCUCUAGUGUGGGAUUCUGAGUUAGAAUCACAUGCUAACAAGUUUUUGAGUAACCACAUUGAAGAUUGUAUGCGGGUGGAUUAUAUCGACCCUAGUCCGUUUGCGCGGAACAUGCUUAUUAGUGGUUCGACAGAAAACCUUACAGGAGUAGAUGCUGUGGCAUGGUGGGUGGCACAGAAACAAAAUUAUGACUACGAAUCCAACUCUUGCAUAGAUGGUACUCUUCAAUGUCUUACCUAUACUCAGGUGGUUUCUAAGGCAUCUAUUUAUUUAGGGUGUGCUAGAGACGAGUGUAACAAUAAUGGAGGCACCAUUGUUAUUUGUUACUAUGACCCCCCGGGUAACGAUGAUGGUCAACGCCCCUAUUGAUGAUUAAUUAGUAUUUACCAAAUAAUAAUCCAAGUUAAACGCAGCUACAUACAUAUCCCUUAAUUACUAAAUAAGUUUGUUGCACUAUGUAAUAUGGUUCUUGGUAUUGCAGUUUUUUAUGGUUUUUUUUUUUGUUUUGCAACUAUAUAUGGUUGUGUAUGUUUAAUUUGUCAAA